UUCAAGAUGAAUUGUUCUUAUAACAUUACUGUGCUGAGCUCUGUCCUCCCUCCAGUCCUGGGUGUGGCGUUCACUUUGGGAGCUGUGGGGAACGCCUUUGCUCUGUGGAUCUUCUGCUUCCACCUGCGGCCCUGGAGGAGCAGCACUGUCCUGCUCUUCAGCCUGGCUCUGGCCGAUGUUCUGCUCCUCGUGGCCUUACCGUUCCGAAUCAGUUACUACAGCUCCAACCUUGAAUGGGAAUUUGGAAACACUUUUUGCAACAUCUGUUACUUCCUUGUAGUUAUGAAUCGCACUGGGAGUACAUUGUUUCUAAUCGUGAUUGCGUUGGACAGAUACAUGCAUGUGGUUCAUCCUCAUCACCCUGUUAACUUUAUGAGUGUCUCCAAAUCUGUGUGUGGGGCUGUGAUUCUCUGGCUCCUGACAGUCAUGUUGGGCGCCUUCUUCACUCUAUACAAAUCCAACAAGAGCUACUGUGGAGACUUCAGAAGCCAAAUUGAGCGGAAUCAGAUUAUAUCCGGCCCCAAACUGGCAUAUCUGUUGGCCUUCUAUGUGCCUUUCCUGGUGAUUCUCUUCUCUACUACGAGUAUCGUCCAACACCUGCGGAGAAGACGGCUCGCCCAACACACCCAAGUGAAAAAGGCAUUGUUGGUCCUGAUAUCAAUGAUCAUUCUCUUUGUCGUCUGCCUUCUCCCAACUAACAUCACCCAACUGGUGAUUUGGUCAAAGGCAAGAACCAUGGCAACGUGGGGCUGUGCAGAAAGGGAACAAAUGACAAAAAUCUAUUCUCUGACUGUGAGCUUGACCUACCUGAACAGUGCUAUGGAUCCAGUUGUAUAUUUCUUUUCCAGCUCAGAGUUUAGGAGCAGGUGCAGGAGAGUGUUGGUUCUAAAGCCGUCCAUGGAUUCACCUGCACAGGGAGACGCCAGAGAGCCAGACGCUGUAGGCAGAGAGCAAAGUUGGGACCAUCUUAACAUCUGAUGUUUGUUCAAA